GGCGGGCGCUGCGCGCUCCGGGGCGGCUCCCGCCGAGGUGGCCGCCCCGGGGCGCCCGGCAGCCCGCGGCCGCCCUCACUUCCCCGCAGGCGGCGAGCGGGCGAGCUCCCGCCGCGCAGGGCUCCGCGUAGUCCCGCACCUCCCGCCCGCCCGCAGCCCCCCGCAGCCGGCGGCCCCGGCUCCCCGCCCGCCGCCGCCAAGAUGGAGCAAACAUGUGAUGAUAUAGAUGAAAUGUUCAGCAAUUUACUUGGGGAAAUGGACAUGCUGACCCAGAGUUUAGGAGUGGAGACUUUACCAUCUCCAUCCCCCAAAGUGGCCGACAAGGAGUUUAGCUUUACAGUUGGUUUUAAAGAUUUAAAUGAAUCCCUAAGUACCCUAGAGGAUAAAGACCUAGAUGCUUUAAUGGCUGAUCUUGUAGCAGACAUAAAUGAAGUUGAACAGAGAACUUUACAAGCCCAGAAAACUACUACUGGCAAUCAGCAAAGUACAGUCACUCAGCCUUCAACAGGCUUGGAUACUGAUACUCCUUCUAUAUCAAGCACCUAUGUUACCAUUACGGGACGGUUUGGGAAUGACUUGCCACCUCCACCUCCAGACCCUAAUUUAGACCUUCCACCACCACCACUACCUCCUCCUCCUGAGCCACUCACUCAGGAAGAACAGGAGGCACAGGCUAAAGCUGACAAGAUUAAACUUGCAUUGGAAAAACUGAAAGAAGCCAAAGUUAAAAAGCUGGUUGUCAAGGUGCACAUGUACGAUAACAGCACAAAGUCACUGAUGGUGGAUGAGCGUCAGGUGACACGGGAUGUUUUAGACAAUCUCUUUGAGAAAACCCAUUGCGACUGCAACGUGGACUGGUGUCUGUACGAAAUGUACCCAGAGCUGCAAAUUGAAAGGUUUUUUGAAGACCAUGAAAAUGUUGUUGAAGUGCUGUCAGGCUGGACUCGAGAUACCGAGAAUAAGAUUCUAUUUUUGGAAAAAAGUGGAAAAUAUGCUUUAUUUAAAAAUCCCCAGAAUUUCUACCUGACAAACAAAGGGAAGAACGAAAGCAAAGAAAUGAAUGAGAAAAACAAAGAGGCUUUGCUGGAGGAAAGCUUCUGCGGGACAUCUGUCAUUGUGCCAGAGCUUGAAGGGGCCCUUUAUUUAAAAGAAGAUGGAAAAAAAUCCUGGAAGAGGCGUUAUUUUCUUCUACGGGCUUCUGGAAUUUAUUAUGUACCCAAAGGAAAAACCAAGACGUCCCGGGAUCUGGCAUGCUUCAUUCAGUUUGAGAAUAUGAAUGUUUAUUACGGUACUCAGCACAAAGUGAAGUACAAGGCACCUACAGAUCACUGCUUUGUCUUAAAGCACCCUCAGAUUCAGAAGGAGUCACAAUAUAUCAAAUACUUAUGCUGUGAUGAUCAAGCAACUCUGCAUCAGUGGGUAACGGGUAUAAGAAUUGCCAAGUAUGGCAAGACACUAUACGAUAAUUACAAAUGUGCAGUGAAGAGAGCUGGCCUGGCCUCUCGGUGGGCAAAUCAAGGGACAGUGGAACCAGCUGUCUCUGCAGGAUCCUUAUCAACAGAUGCUGUUCAGGCAAAUGGACAGAUUCCCCAAAUUGUUCCUCCUCCCAGUGCAGAGUUGUCAGAGGCUCAGAAGAAAGUGGAUUCUUCAGAGGUACAGGCCAAGUCAAAUGGUGUCAGUGCAUCUGGCCUGGCACAGCCAGUGAUGAGGCCACAGAAAUACCAGAAUAGGAAAGGCUCGCUGCAGCCUCCUCCUCCACCUGAAAGGCGGUCAUCUGCUAUUGCUGCUUCACCAGUUCUACCCUCCAAAGUCAAACGAGACAGCGGCAUCUUCCUAACAGAUCCAGACAGCUUUCCAGCACCACCACCUCCAUUGAAGAUUGAUUUACCACCACCACCCCCCGAGUUCUGUGAACCUCCUCCUGAUUUUGUGCCUCCACCACCACCAUCCUCCAGCAGCAGUAACGGAGACUUGCCUUUACCCCCUCCACCUCCACCUCCACCUGUCUCCAGUAAGGUACCACCUCUGACAAAGAAACCUGUGCCACUUCCUCCAAAAAGGCAAGAAAACACAGGAGAAGAUGGAGAGCCAAGGCUAACUGGGCCACCUCCGUUUGGGGGUGGAGGCAGGCAGGCAGAUUUCAUGUCUGAUCUAAUGAAAGCUCUUGAGAAGAAAAGGGGCAGCAGCUCCUGAACUCUGUGGGCAGAUGGACUUUAAGGCAUAACUGUUGGUGUGUGGUGUCAUGGAAGGUGGUGCAGGAUGAGGCCCCACCAGGAGCAGUUCUCCCCCGGAGCCUCCUGUGCUCAGCCCCUACCUUGUCCCUACAACCUGCUCCUUCCCUCCCCCUUACUACUACUCCAGCACCAGGCCAAGGUAAGAAACUGGGGGUACGGUCUUGCUUCACUCCAUUAGGAUAGCUAGGGUUGGUGGCAGCAAGUGAAAUGCACCUUCUGUGGCUGCCUUGUAAGAGAAUUAGAGCUGAAGGAAACAGUACUGUUUCUCAUGGGAAUUCUGAGAAGUGGAAAAAUCUCUUCUCACAGAAUUUCCCUCAAAGAGUCUUUAUUUUUAUCAGAAAACCCCAAGUUAUUUUAUUUUUUGACCAACAGACACUUUUGUUUUUCCAAAAAGAGGCCUAUCUUAAAAAGAAAAAUCUUGGCUAGAUUACCCUGAGAUGAAAAGCAGGUCAAGGGCCAUUCCCAAAGAAUAUCACCCCAAAUGUUAUACACCACUGUUUCCAUAUACAGCUCCAAUCAUACUGUCAGCACUCAAAAGUGCUCCCUUUAUAUGGUUAAUUUCAGAUCAAGACAAAUUUUUAAUCUCAAAGUGCUGUAUGUUUCCCCUGGUAAGCACGGCUUUUUUUUUUUGUUGGUUAACAUGUGUCUUCCAACUGUAUGUAGAAAUAGUCUGUUUCCAUAAAGACUUCAUAAUUAUCUUGUACCUGAUAAGAAUGUCUCCUCCUACAUAUUUUUUUUCAUUUGUUCUCCAUUUUAAUUCUUCAUUGUCAUUUAGGCAGCAUUCAUUAUUAGUUCUCAAAUAAAAAUAGCUUCUAUUUUA